GGCCAGGAUUGGACGAGACGCAGAUCCUCCUUCAUUACCCCCCCCCCCCACCCUCUCUGUCAGUCGGAGCUCAGACAUGGAGAAGCGAGUGUUCCUGCUCGGGGUCUUCCUGCAUCUGGCCACUGCCCAGCGGACUGACAACACCACCAGGCCAGUGUUCCCCUGUGGGGGACAAUUAUCCGGUAACCAGGGCCACGUGGCGAGUGAGUCAUUCCCUGCUCCAUAUCCCCCCAACAGCAAAUGCUCCUGGACCAUCACGGUUCCCCCGGGACGGGUGGUUCAAUUGUCAUUCCGUCACCUGGACCUCGAGUCGAACCCCACCUGCCGGUACGACCACGUCAGCGUUUACAAUGGACAGUCACCGUCGGGUGAGAGUCUGGGCCGGUUCUGUGGGACCAUCAGACCAGGGGCCCUCGUCUCCACUGGAAACACCAUCCACAUCGUCAUGGAGUCCGACAGUGACUCCGCCGGGAGGGGCUUCCUCGCCAUGUACACAGCUGGACUACCGCCCAAUACAGAGAGCCAGUUCUGCGGGGGGAAGCUGGUCAAACCUCAGGGAUCCUUCACGACCCCCAACUGGCCAGACAAACCAUAUCCCACUGGCAUCACCUGUACCUGGCACAUCGUCGCCCGGUCCCAUCAGUAUGUGGAGCUGAACUUUGAGAAGUUUGCAAUUGAGGAUGACACUUACUGUCGCUAUGAUUAUGUCGCCAUCUACAACGGGGACAGAAGUGAGGAGGGGCAACGGCUGGGCCGGUUCUGCGGAGGCACCCUGCCUGGUUCCAUCACAUCUGAGGGGAGCGAGCUGCUGGUCCAAUUUGUGUCAGACCUGAGUGUCACAGCCGAUGGGUUUUUGGCAAAGUACGACGUGAGGCAAAGGAAGGGCGUAGCCGCGCAACCAGAACCAACCUCCCCCCCCACCACCACCAGCACCAAGGCACCCAGGAGAAAAGGUCACCUCAUGUGUCAAACGAAAUGUCGGCGCCAAGGGACCCUCCAGAGCAACUUCUGUGCCAGCGACUUCGUGAUCUCGGGGAGGGUGGUGCGCCUCAGCCCUCUGGGGCAGGGUCUACAGGCCACCAUCUCUAUCAUCCACACCUACAAGACGGGCAGCUUGGCAAUGCGGGAGGUGCGGGGUGAGACUCUAGCCAGGAUGCUGCUGGUCUGUCAGAGAUGUCCCAAACUGAGGAAAGGUAUCAGGUACACCAUGAUGGGUACUGUGGAUGCCCAGGGUCGAGGACGGAUCCCCCCGAACAGCUUCUUCCUCAUCUACAAGCCACAACAGCACCAAGUGCUGACCAAGCUGACCAAACGCCGGUGCUGAGGGGACAGGUGCUGCCAUCCCCUCAACCCUUAACCCACACAUCCCCUCCCCUCCCAACCCCAUUACCCCUCCUGUCCUCACCCCUCCCAGCCCAAUGCUCUCGUCGGGUCACCUCUGUGUGGUUGAAGUUGUCAAUAAAAGUCUCUGCAAUGAAA